AUGCAAGUGGACACCCGAUGGGUACAACCAGUCGUGUCUGACUUAGCUUCUGCUCCAUACGACGGUAAUAAUUAUCAGCAUAAUAUUGAACAAAACUUAUCUGUUCAAUCUCCACCUUUAUCAAAAUUACAACCACCGUUAAUAGCGACAAUAUUUUUUCCAUCACCACGUGUAGAACCAAUUGAUAUGGCACGUUCUCAUCAACAAACGACACAAAAUCGUAGUAAAACAGGCUAUACUCAAUCAGCAACAACUGAUGAACAACGACACGUAACAACACCUUAUCUAGAAAAUCGACCUAUAAAACGAGUUAAACAUCCUGCUGAUCGUUCACCAAUAAUUUUUAUUGUUCAACGUAUAUCAUCAGCUUGUUUAACAAUAUUUAUUUCACUACCUUGUGUUAUAUUAUUAACACUUUUAUUACCUAUCUGUUGGUUUAUAAGAACAUUAAUACGAUUAGCUUGUCGACAUCAUUGUAAUGUUACUCCAUGUGCUUGUAGUUAUUUAUCUGCUAGUGAUUUAUUUUGGUUUUAUAAUAGUAAUAUAUCAUCCAAUCGAGAGAAAAAUGAUGAAACAACGAAAUUAAAUUCUCAAACAAUAUCACCAACAGCAGCUGCAAUUUUUUUUCUUGAAGGCACAAUAAAUGAAAACUCAUUAAAAAAAUUAUUAAUUAAUCGACUUGUCACAAGCAGUGUUCGACGAGGUUCAAAUAUUGGUAAAAAAUUAUUUCCACGAUUUUCUCAAUUAGUUGUAUCACGUCUAUCUGGUGCAAUGUGGGUUGAUUAUUCUCUAUUUUCUAUUGAUGAACAUGUACGUGAAAUACCACGUACAAUUCAAUCAGAUGAAGAUCUUCAAUCAUACAUAUCAACAUUACUAUCAACAGAAUUGACACGUAGUCGUCCUCUAUGGCAAUUACAUUAUAAAAAUCGUUCAUCCACACGUCCAAAUGAUAGUAUAAUUGUAUUUUUUUAUCAUCCUGUUUUAUCUGAUGGAAUAUCAUUAUUACGUAUUUUAUUAAAACAUAUUGUUGAUAAUCGUACGACACAAUUAGAUUUAAAACCACGUUUUGUUGGUAGACAUAAUGAAUAUAUAUUUGAUUAUAUAAAAGCAUAUCUAUUCGGACAUAUGCUUAUAUUUAGUAAAUUAUUAUUUAAUUCAUUUCGAGAAAAUUUUUUUAAAAGAAAACUUUUGAAAACUAAUAUUAAUAAUAAUAAUAAUCAUAAUAAUGUUAAUAAUAAUAAUAAUAUUUCAACGAUUAAUUCACAUUUUUUACAACCACAAGAACAACGAAAAAUUGUUUGGUCAGCUCCAUUUAGUUUAACACAAGCUAAUCGAAUGAAACUUGUGACAAGAACACGUAUGAAUGAUCUUCUUUCAACAUUAGUUAUUUCAUCUGUUAGAUUAUAUAUGGAACGAUAUGGUGUAUCCAAUUCAGUAAAUAUGAAUUGUAUUAUGCCUUGUGAUCUUCGUUCAAAUUCAGCAAAUAUAAUUAUGGGAAAUCAAAUAUCACAUCUAUGUUUUGAAUUACCUAUGAAUAUUGAAGGUAACAUUCCACUUUUAUGGUCAUUUUAUGAUAGUACAAAACGUGUGAAAGAAAAUGGAGAUUAUGCUACAAUGUAUUUAUUUACACAUAUUGUUUAUCUUUUAUUUCCUCUUUGUUUAGCAAAUAAAAUCAUAGCUCGUAUUUAUAAUAGUGCUAGUCUAUGGUUAACAACAAUAGCUGCUGGAAGCAGUACAGCCUUAGCAACAAUGUCAAUAUGCAAUAGAGAUGUACGAAGUUUAAUAUGCCUUAGUCCAUGUAUUGGUACAGCUAGUGUUAAUCUUUGUGUAACAACAUAUGCUGAUGAAAUUCGUCUUGUUGUUAUUGCCGAUCCAAAUGUUGUGCCUAAUUUACAUUUAUUUACUGAAUAUUUUAGUCAACAAUUAACAAUUGUUCAAGAUCUUCUUGCUCAUCGAAGAAUACCAGGUGAAAUUCGUCGAAUAACACGACCACCAAGAUCACAACCAGCAAAGAAAAGUAUUAGUAGUAUAUCCGAUUUAUCUGAUGAUUUAUCAAUAGAAGAAAUUCAAGCAAAAAUGACAGCAUUACAACAAGAAUUACUUUCAUUAAAAAGUCAAUUUGAAAAUGUUGAUAUGAAUGAUCCAUCGAGUCAAACUCAACGUUUAAUAAUAACAACAAAACUCGAAGAACUACGACGAGAAUUUCGUGAAUUACUUAUUAAAUUACAAGAACGUCAAUGUGAAUUAUCAGGUAUGAUACCAAGUGAUGAAGAAGAUGAAAUGGAUCCACAUGUACGUGUACGUUUACGUUCGGCAAGUGUUGCAUCAAAAAUUUCAUUAAGAUCAAAUGAUCAACGAUUAUUAUCAGCAAAAAUGUAUCAAUUAGAAAGAGAUGAAGGUAGUAGUGAAUUUAGUGCUUCAAUUGUUCCUUCAAAUCCAUCAGCAUCAAAAAUGAGUUUAACAGCACAACAAUUCAAUGAUCAACAAAUCGGUAUACGUCGUGCACAAUCUGUAAGUAUUUGUGAAAAUACACAGAUUGAUAUGCAACCACGAACAGUAUUGAAUCGUACUCGAUUAACAACACCAACUCGAGUAGUUAAUACAACAACGAAUACUAUUCUUCAUCUUGAUCCGAGUGAAAAUUGGAAAAAUGCAAGUGGAAAUUAA